AUGGAUGCGGCUCUAAGCUCGGCGCCGCGCUUACAGGGUUGGAUGGGGCCCGCAGCCAGCCAGGGGCUGCAGCUAGGGUCGAAUUCGGGACUCGACUAGUCGGGUCUGGAGCGCGGGGGGUUUGACUGGGCCGCGGCGCGGCUGCUGGUGUUUCAGGGCAGGGGAUCGCAGCGCCUCGAGCGGGCGCGCCGGGCCCCUGUCCCAUGGCGUCUGUGCUGGAGGAUCCUAUCUUAAUUCGUCCCUUUAAAGGCCAUAAAGCUGCAGUCACCGGCGUUGACUUCAGCCCGACCACCACGGCACUUGCCUCAUCUUCUUUGGAUAGAUUUCUUAUGAUAUGGAAUUUGAAGCCACAGUCCAGAGCUUUCAGAUUUGUGGGUCACGUGGAAGCUGUGACCAGUGUACAGUUUUCACCAGAUGGGCACCUCGUGGCAUCUGCUUCUCAGGAUCGGACUGUUAGACUAUGGAUUCCCUGUGUUCAUGGAGAAUCUUCAGCCCUGAAAGCCCAUACUGCACCUGUCCGUAGUGUGAACUUCUCACAUGAUGGCCAGUUCCUAGUUACAGCGUCCAAUGACAAAUCAAUAAAAGUAUGGAGUGUCUACCGGCAGCGCCUUUUGUUUUCCUUAUCCCAGCACACACACUGGGUUCGCUGUGCCAAAUUUUCACCUGAUGGAAGAUUAAUAGCAUCUUGCAGUGAGGAUAAAACUGUUAAAAUCUGGGAUGCAGCAAAUAAAAUAUGCAUUGAUAGCUUUACAGACUAUGAAGGGUUUGCAAACUAUGUUGAUUUCAAUCCAAGUGGUACAUGUGUAGUUUCUGCAGGUUCUAAUCAUACAGUGAAGCUCUGGGAUAUUCGAAUGAACAAGUUACUGCAGCAUUACCGAGUUCACAGAGGAGGAGUUAAUUGUGUAUCAUUCCAUCCUUCUGGUAACUAUCUCAUCACUGCUUCUACUGAUGGUACCCUUAAAAUUAUGGAUCUCUUAGAAGGAAGACUUAUAUAUACGCUUCAUGGACACAAGGGACCUGUGCUUUCUGUGGCCUUUUCCAAAGGUGGGGAAAAAUUUGCAUCAGGUGGAGCUGAUGCACAGGUAUUACUGUGGAAGACGAAUUUUGAUUCAUUUAACUAUAAGGAAGUUCUUAAACAACAUAGAAGAAGAAUACAUACUGAUGACCCACCUCACCUUCUUGAUAUUUAUCCAAGAUCACCUCAUCCCCAUGAUGGGCAAUCUCAGUCAAUUGAAAUAGAUCCUAGCUUCGAUGUGACAGAUACACAAACGCUUGACCCACCUGUCGUAGAUAUUAGUUCCUCCAUGUAUUUCAGUUCUCCGCUCUCAAGUCAAGGCCAUAGAAUUCUGUUUAUCCUGUUACUGACUACACUGCUAACAUCUCGUUCAGUCAAGGAAUGCAGUCACCUGCUCCACUUUAAAUGAUGAAAGUGACUUAUGUCCAUGUCAACUCCAUUACAAUGGCUCUCCCUGCUGCUGUCUUGGUACUCCCUAUGUGGUCAAUAACUAGCAAUAAAAGCAGCAUUGCAGUGCCUAUUGUGUUUCUGUGCAUGAGGAAAAAGUACUUAUUAAUAGUUAAGAACAGAAGGGACCAUUAUGAUUGUCCAGGCUGACCACCUGCAUAUCUCAGGCCAUGGAAUUUCACCUACUAAUUUCUGCAUGAAGCUAACAUCUGCUUGAGCUAGAUCAUAUGUUUUUUUUAAGAAAGGUCUCCAAUCUUGACUUAGAUUUCAAGUGAUGGAGAAUCCCUUGUUAUGCUUUUAUCUGUUACUAUCAGAAAACUUCUCCUCUUUUAGGUGUUUAUGAAUCCAGACCACGUGAACUGUUUUAAUCUUCUCUUCAUUAAACUAAACAGUGUUUUAAGACUCUCACUAUAAGUUUUCCAGACCUUGAAUCAUUCUUGUAACUCUCUUUCUGAACUUCUUCCAGUUUUUCCACAUCCUUUUUUGAAGGGUGGACACCAGAACUGGACAAAGUAAUCAGACAAUGGUCUUACCAAUGCGGUAAUACAUAUUUAAUACCCUCUUCAUCCUCCCUACUUAUUAUACAGUCAAUGAUUACAUUUGCACUCUCAGCUGUUAUAUCACACUGCAAACUCUUGUUCAGUUGAUUAUAUACCAUAACACCUUAGUUCUUUUUAGUGUCACUGCUUUCCAAGAUUGAUCCACUCCCACAUCCUGCCAGUUUGAUCUAUGUUAUUUGUUCCUAGAUGUGUGUCCUUGUAUUUGGCUAUAUUAAAAUUCAUGGUGUUUGAAUGAGCCAUGCGUACCAAGUGACCCAUAUUACUCUGUUGUGUUGACCUGUCUUUAUUAUUUACCAUUCCAUCAAUCUUUGUGAUCUAUAAACCUUUUCAGAAAUUAUUUUGUUUUCUUGAUUAUUGAGAAAGAUAUUGACCAGCAGUGGGCCAGUAACAGAUUCUACUGGAAUUACUAGAAACACCACCAUUUGUUGAUGAUUCUCCAUUUACUUUUGAAGAUUCAUCAACUAACCAGUUUUUAACCUAUUUCAUGUGCUACACUGACUUUCUAUAGUGCUAAUUUUAAUCAGAAUAUCGUGCAGUAUCAAAUCAAAUGUAUUACAGAAGUCUAGGUAUAUUUUGUCAACACAUUUCCGUUUUUUCAACCAAGAUUACAGUCUAAUCAAAAAAGAUAUUAAGUUUGUUUGACAAGAUCUAUUUUUCAUUAAAGCUCCCUGAUUGGCAUUAAUUAUGCUACCAUUCUUCAUAGAUUUCAUCUCAUAUCAGCUGUUCACUUGAUUUUUUUUUUUUUUUUUCUGCGACAUCACUAUCAAGCUAUCCUACCUAAAGUUACACAGGUCAUUCUGUUUGCCCAUUUUAAAUAUUGAUGCAUUAGACUUGGAGAAAUUCCAGAGGACUGGAAACAAUAUUCCAAGAUAUAUUAAAAAAUUAACAUCAGUGGUUCACUGGUUCAACAUUUAAGAUUUUGGGGUGCAAGUUAUCUAGUUUCCCAGAAUUAAAAAUGUUUAAACAUAGAUGUUGUUUAACACUCUCCUUAGUUAUUGUUGGAAUAGAAAUUAUUUCUUUACCACUGUAAGAUAUGAAUAUACAUCCAUCUUUCAAAUUAAAGAACAGAAACACUUAUUAAACACAUGCUUUUUGUGCAUCAUUAUUAACAAUCUUAACACUGCCAUACUAUAAGUCUGCUAUUUUUGUUUUGUUUUGUUUUGGAAUAUUUAAGAAAAAUCCUUAUUGUCCUUUGCCCUAAUAGCCAUAGACAUGUUCCUUGAUACCUUUAGCUUCCCGUAUCAAAUGUCUACAUGUCAACUUCCCCUUUGUUUAUAUUUAUAAUAUAUUAUUGCUUUAUAAUACUAAUAAUAAAAAAAUCAAGCUCAGGCCUUAGAGCCUGGGCUCCAGCCCAAGCCCAAAUGUCUACACUGCAAUUUCAUAGCCCCACAGCCCGAGCCCCGCAAGCCUGAGACAGCUGAUGGGAGCCAGCUGCGGCCAUGCUGCAGGUCUUUUAAUGCACUAUAGACACACCAUAAAGGCCUGAACUUAGAAGGACAAAAGCUGUCAAUUUCCCUUCAAUUUAAAUAUAGAUGUUAAAAGUAAUCUGUUCCUGUUCUGGAAUCUCAAAUUGAGGGCAGUUUGUAUUUGAUAGUGAUGAUUUGAUGGGGGUGAGGUUACAGAUCAAUGGCAGUGUGAUUUAUUUUGUUUGGGAAGUGCUUGCAGGGAGAUUGAGGAAUGAACUGGGUAGGUAGGAUGAUUCAAUGGCCAUUGUAGUCUCCCCUGGGUGUUUCUAUUCUGGCAUCUAGCUGUGGUGUUUGCAUCCUUUGGCCACCUUCAGGUGGUUGUGAAGAUGGAACAGUGCUGCCAUUUACAGGGGUUAUGGGAUGGGGUUUUUGGUUAUGAGGACUUUGGCUCCUCAGUUAACUUGGAAGUGGGCAGGUGGAGACAAGACAUGAAGAAAUCUUGUUUACAGUUUAAACCAGAACCUAGAUGCUUAUUUUCAGCCCCUGAUAUUUCACCUCUAGGUAACUCUCAACUUAUAUCAGGCACCUACCGUUCUAAACUUUUAAAUAAAUCAUAAUACAUUUGCAAUUUACAGCAAUGAAAUAGGUAGUAAAAUCUUGUAUUUCAGUAUGUAAACUGAUUAUCUGGGGGGGAUCAGGAAGUAGUUCUCUCUCCAUGUACAACAUUAGAUAAGUGCAAUUUAUAAUUUUCACAUUCUCUUGAAGCAACAGGCUUUGGCUGCUGUUAGAAGCUGAAUAUCAGGCUAGAUGGGCUGAUCCAGCAUAGCAGGCUCUCUUCCCACAUUGUUAAGUAAAAACAAAACAUUUUUCAUGAUGUUACUGUAGUGUUUGGGUGAUUUUUUUUUUAAGUAAACAUCUGAUGCCAUGCAAUACAUAUAUGAUAAUUAAAAAUUGAUAGCCUGAUUAAAUAUUCAAAUUAAUUAUUUGGUCCUGUUGUAAACAUGGUCAGCGUGUAAUAAAUGGGAAGUAGUAUAAUGUUCCUGUUAAUGCAUGUCUGUCUUCUACCACAGUCGAUCGUAAUGAUUCUCUUAGUUAUUCCCCUAGUAUGUGAUGUAUAAUGUACUAUUAAUAUAAUUACUUUAGUAAAGCAAUUAAAUGUUGUUGGCAUGCUUAAUUGCACCUUGACAUAUUGAUCUCAUAUUCAGCUUUAAAUGUCUUUUAAAUAUAAAUGAGACCCUAAACCUGCAUUCUAAUCAGCACAGGCAGACCCUUGUGCCUGUGCAGAGACCAUUCAUUUUUAUGUUUACAUAAAAGGUACAUGGGUGGACCCUUAUGCUUACUCAAACGAAUGGCAGGAUCUGGACCAAUGUUUGUACCAACAAGUUCUUGUGUGUAAACAAGCUAUGCAUUUAAUCUGAUCUUUGUAGAUGGUCUUUGCGUAUGUUUCAUCCUCAUUUUAAAAGUGCUUAGUGUAUUUUACUUUGUCUGAUAUAGGGAAGCAUGUAGAUGGCAUAUAGCAUUACAGUCUGCACCUGCCUUAAAAAUAAUUAAAAUCAGUAGCCCAGACCUAAAAUUCUUGUGUCUUUCAUGUUGCAGCUGCUGCUUUUUGCAUUAAUUCAAAAACAGUGCACUCCAAGGUUAAUGUGCUUUUCUUGUGAAUAAUAUCCUUGCACUUACAUAGUUAGUUUCAUCAGAGGCUCUUGUACUUAUAAAAAGAUGGAUGAGCAUUAUCCUACUUUAGAGAUGCCUUAUCCCAUACUCAUUGAAAUCUGUGGCAAAGCUCCCAUUAGAAAUAGAACCCAAGUUUCAGGACUGCAAUUGUCCUGUUUUAACCAUCAGAGCACAAUUUUCUAGACCAAAUCUCCAGUUGUUUCUUAUUGUAUACCAAUACAAGAAACUCAUAUUGUACAAAGCUCAAAUAUGAGGUACCACACACUUUGACUUUCUAUCCUAGUCUUGGUAUGUACCUGUAUUUGUGUUUCAGCUGCCAAUGUAAAUUAAUCACAUUAAAAGGAAGUUCAUUUAAACUGGAAAAAAUGAUUUAUGUUUGAGCUGAAUUUUUUUGUCAAGGCUUUGACAUGGCAUUUUUAGGGGGAUGCACCAAUUUGUGCAGACCUAGCUAAUAAAAAUUGACAUUGAGUAAUAUAAGUCUUGACAGUUCCUAUCUGGAGGUCACUGAUGUGAAUAUAACAUUGCAUGCCACUGUAUUGUGGAGCAACAGAAGAGUUUACAAGGGUUGAGCAAUGUUUGUGAAUAUAGUGGUGUAUAAACUUCACUUUGUUUUCUAUUUUGAGCACAAAGGGAAUGCUAAUUUAUACCAAUAUUGUAUUUUUCUGUGUAGUUGUGUGUUUACCUAAACCCUAACCUCCAAAAGUUGUUAAUUGUCCAGUGAUAUAUUUAUUAUUUUUAAAUCUGCUAUUUUGUGAUGCUGGCAUUUUGUGUAAAAGAUCUGCAGCAAUGUUUGGGAAGUGAAUUUGCCUGGGUAAGUGGUAUGAAUAAAACACAUC